CCCAACCAUACAACCGGGAAAUUUCGAAAAUACCCCCACCCCUUCACAAAAAUACUCGUCAUCAUUCUUCUUGGUCUGGUUUCGACUAUUCCCCUUCACCAUGCCACCGACACUCACUCACACACUCCCACACUUGCUGUUCUUCGUCUUUUUCUUAGCCGUCCAGGCGCAUAUUCCGCCCACCGGACUCUCCGCCGAGCUUCCAGCGUUCCGCGAAGCGCCGGCAUUCCGCAACGGAAGAGAAUGCCGCAACCGACCUCACACGGAUUCCCUCAUCCACAUCGCCAUGACUCUCGACGCCACGUACCUUCGCGGCUCCGUCGCCGGCGUCUUCUCCGUGCUCCAGCACGCGUCGUGUCCGGAGAACGUCGUGUUCCACUUCAUCGCCACCACGCGCCGCCGCCCGGAGCUCCGCCGCAUCAUCACUACCACGUUCCCGUACCUCACCUUCCACCUCUACUACUUCGAUGCGAACCUCGUGCGCGGCAAGAUCUCGUACUCGAUCCGCCGCGCGCUCGAUCAGCCGCUAAACUACGCGCGGAUGUACCUCGCCGACCUGCUUCCGGCGACCGUCCGGCGAAUCAUUUACUUCGACUCCGACCUGAUCGUCGUCGAUGACGUGGCGAAGCUGUGGAGCAUCGACCUCCACGCGCGCGUGCUCGGAGCGCCGGAGUACUGUCACGCCAACUUCACGAACUACUUCACGCACCGCUUCUGGUCGAACCCUGCCUACGCGGCGUCGUUUAAGGGACGCGCCGCCUGCUACUUCAACACCGGCGUGAUGGUGAUCGAUCUGUGGAAGUGGCGCGAGGGACGCUACACGGAGAAGCUCGAGACGUGGAUGCGGAUCCAGAAGCGGAACAGGAUCUACGAGCUCGGAUCGUUGCCGCCGUUCCUCCUCGUCUUCGCCGGCGACGUAGAGCGCGUGGCGCACCGGUGGAACCAGCACGGCCUCGGCGGCGACAAUCUCGAAGGGCUUUGCCGCGACCUGCAUCCCGGUCCGGUGAGUCUCCUCCACUGGAGCGGCAAGGGGAAGCCGUGGCUCCGAAUCGAUUCCAAGAAGCCUUGUCCGUUGGAUGGCCUUUGGGCGCCCUACGAUCUGUUUCGCCAGUCUCCGUCGAUUUUCUCCGAUUCGUAGUUAGGGUUUUUGGUUUUUCGCCGCGAGGGUGCAUGGUUUUACCGUGGGGAGUGCGUCACCCGAUUGCUGCUCGCCCAGCUGGAAGGAUGUGUCAUGUGUGUGAUAGGAAAUGAGACGAGUGCGACGAAAAUGUGUAUACGUGGAUUGUGGGUGACGUGGUUAUGUCUUUCAGUGAUGUGAUACGGUGACGUAGACAUAGAGACCGUGUUUGGAUGAAGAUGAGGAUGAUGAUUAGCUUUAUGCAUAUCCAAAAUAAGGGAAGAGAAAUAGGAAAAAGGCUUGCUUAUAUUGGAUUAGAUUUCAAUUUUUUAAAUUAAUUAUAAAAUCACGUUGAAGGUUAAAAUUACAAAUAA